AUGGGAGGAGUUGGAAAAGGAUGUUGUCAAGUACUAACAGACACACACAUAUGCACAUACAUAUGUACACACAAUCACACCUUUUCUUCCCCCUCUUUUCUUUCCCUCUUUUUCUGCUUUCACCUUUCUACUUGUCUUCUUCCUCCAUUCUUUCCACUUUUCACUUAUUUUCCUUUCCUUCCUUCCUUCCUUCCUUCCUUCCUGUUUUUUUUUUUUAUUUUCCUUCUCCCUUUCCAAUACCCUUCUUACCCCUCCAUUCUUCCUUCUCCUUUCUCACCUUCUUCUCCUCUUACCUUCCUCCAUAGAUUAUCAUAUUCUUCCCACCCUCUUCCUAUCUUCCAUGACUACUUCCUUCCUUCCUGUCUAUUCAUUUCCCACCUUCCCUUCCAAUCACCUUCCUUCCACUCUUUCUCCCUCCAUCUUUCUUUCCUUCUUCCUUUCCUCCAAAAUUCCUCCUUAACUUCUCCCUCCAUUUUUUAUGGUUGA